UCUAGCUGAACUAUCACUUCUCAACACUGCAAUGUUCAAACGUUGUCCAGCACCGUCACAUGUUCAAACCAAACAUUUACAAUUGUCAAUAAAUUAAGAAAACAUGCCGCCGGAGAUGCAAAUAACGAGUGACAGCGAUCUGGACAAUGUUUUGGAGGAGUUCAAGCUGCGAAAUGAGCGAAGAAACAGCACCGUAACUGCGAAAUACACUUGUAGUAUCGAAAAAUGCGACGCCACGUUUAAGCGUCUGGACCAACUGGAUCGCCACGAAUAUCACCAUACGGGAAUUAAGAAGCACGCUUGUUCCCACGAGGGCUGCGAUAAAACCUAUUCGAUACUCACUCAUUUAAAGCGGCACUUACGAAGCACCCAUGAGCGUCCAGAGGCGGCGGCCCAGAAAACAUUCAAGUGCUCACUCCCUGAGUGCACCAAAAUGUUUACCUCGUCCUGCAACAUGCAGCGGCAUGUGCGUGAGGCCCACGAGAAACCCAGGGUCUAUCCUUGUGGCCACUGCCCGGCGAAGUUCUCACAGAAACUGAAGCUUAAACGGCACGAAAUAAAGGAGCACACACAGGAUUAUCCGUUUCGCUGCCAGAAGUGCAGCCGUGGAUUCUACCAGGAGUGGCAGCGAGAGAGUCAUCAGGGCACUUGCAAACUCUAUGCGUGUCCCGCGUGUCCACUUAAGUUCGAAAAGUGGACUCUGUACACCAAGCAUUGCAGGGAUACUUUGCACGGCAAGAACCGACACAAAUGCGACCAGUGCAACAGCUGCUAUGACAAGCCCAGCGAUCUCAAGCAGCACAUCGAAGCCAAACAUAAGAAGGCGGAGAGUUCGGAGUUCACCUGUCCUGAGGAGGGCUGUUCGAAAAGCUACUCCUACGAAAGGAAUCUCCGCCAGCACGUGCUCACCGCUCAUUCCGGUCGGCGUUUCGAGUGCCAGGCUCUGGACUGUGGUCGCUGCUUCAGCAGUGCCCAGAACCUAUCGAAGCAUGUUUUACGGGAUCACCAGGACGGCAAGACCAACAAGAAAACAGUUCAAGGAAAUAAAGAGGAAGCAAGUCCUGGGAAAAAGACCAAUCCUCGCAAGCGGAGGCGUGACGCAGGUCGUCCCAAACAUUCCAGACUUAGCAAACUGGCCUGCCUACAACUGGGCAAGGAAGAGGACUUAGCAGUGAGAGAACGUCAACCCUUGGCGCUCGAAAAAGUAACCAAAGAACUAGAAAAAGACACCCAGGAACUGGACGAAGUUACUCAGGAAACAGAUGCCCAGGAACAGGAUAACGACACUCAGGACAAAGGAGAAACACUGGCGGUUCAGCCUCUUCAAGACUAAAACUCCAAUCGAGAUUGAGAUUACUUCGAAUGCAAAACAGUCUUAGCUUUGAUGAUUUUAAAUAGAAUGGGUCCCUUAUUACUUAUUGAAAGUAUAAAGCCCAAAGAAAACCCAAAUAAAGUCUUGAUAUAUAGUCCCAAUGAUAAGCGCCAAAAAUUAUAGUUCCAAUGUUUUGGAAAGGAGUGCGUUCAAGGAUUAAAUGUUACAAGGAACAGUAAUUUGUGCUGCCUGCACAAAUCUCUCAAUAAAUUGUCUCUCUUAAUAUGUAGUUUA